UUGUAUAUCGCCUUUCCAACAGGACGCGAAGCUCAGCUCGUUGAAAUGAAUGAGUGAAAUUGGCCCCGUUGUUUUCCUGUGCCUUUUUCACGGCGAAACGGUUCCUUUAGCUAUUAGCUUCAUCUGAUUGUCACUGUUGCUGCCUGGCAAACGGAGCGUAAAUUGAGCCGAGAAAAGGGGCAUCUGUCUCCAGGUGACAAAAGGCAUGUUUGGUUCGAGAAAGAAAUUUCCAGAGUUCGUUGAGGUAGUGGACAACGACUUUACUGAUGAAAGCAUGUACUACAACCAGCCGUCGAUGUUCCCACAUCGGUCGGACAAAGACAUGCUGUCGUCACCUUCGCCGUCCUCAUCCUCGGGGCAGCUGUCACAGCUUGGUGCAAGUUUGUAUGGUCCACAAAGUGCACUCGGCUUUUCGGUACGAGGCAUGGGGAACAGUACGCCUCAGUUAAACCGAAAUUUAACACAAAGCACCCAGCUACAAAGUCACAUUACCCCCACAACAGGUGUCCCCACUAUGUCCCUCCAUACUCCUCCAUCGCCGAGCAGGGGGUCUUUACCGAUGAACACGAGGAACAUGCUGAACCACUCUCAGGUCGGGCAAGGCCUCGGCAUGAGCGGCAGGACCAAUAGUAUGAGCAGCUCAGGCCUGGGCAGCCCCAAUCGCAGCUCUCCAAGUAUCAUCUGUAUGCCCAAACAGCAACCAGCACGCCAGGCCUUCACUGUAAACAGCAUGUCCGGAUUUGGAAUGAACCGCAACCAAGCUUUUGGGAUGAACAACUCAUUAUCAAGCAAUAUUUUCAAUGGCACAGAUGGGAGUGAAAACCUUGCGGGACUUGAUCUGUCAGAUUUCCCUGCAUUAGCGGACAGGAGUAGGAGAGAAGGGACCGGCAAUCCAACACCGGUGCUUAACCCGCUGGCUGGAAGAGCUCCCUAUGUUGGCAUGGUGACAAAACCAUCAACUGAACAGACACAGGAUUUCUCAAUCCAUAAUGAGGACUUCCCUGCGUUGCCUGGCCCAAAUUACAAGGAUCCGUCGUUGACCAGCGAUGAAAAUAAAACUAACUUGAAUUCAACAAGCAAGAGCACAUCCAAUACAGAUGGGCCCAAGUUCCCAGGGGACAAGACGGCCUCGGCGCAGAACAACAACCAGAAGAAAGGGAUCCAGGUGUUGCCCGACGGCCGGGUGACGAACAUUCCCUCAGGCAUGGUGACUGACCAAUUUGGUAUGAUUGGCCUUUUGACGUUCAUCCGGGCAGCAGAAACGGAUCCUGGGAUGGUCCAUCUGGCACUCGGAAGCGACCUCACAACACUGGGUCUCAAUUUGAAUUCACCAGAAAACCUUUACCCCAAGUUUGCAUCACCCUGGGCCUCAGCACCCUGUCGACCUCAAGAUAUUGACUUCCAUGUUCCAUCGGAGUACUUAACCAAUAUCCACAUAAGGGACAAGCUGGCUGCCAUUAAACUGUCUCGAUACGGUGAAGACUUGUUGUUCUACUUGUACUACAUGAAUGGUGGGGACUUGCUACAACUUCUGGCAGCAGUAGAACUCUUUAACCGGGACUGGCGGUACCACAAAGAGGAGCGACUUUGGAUCACACGAGCACCUGGCAUGGAGCCGACAUUGAAGACCAAUGCCUACGAGAGGGGCACCUACUACUUUUUUGAUUGUCUUAACUGGAGAAAAGUGGCCAAGGAAUUCCAUCUGGAGUAUGACAAGCUGGAAGAGAGGCCUCACGUGCCAACAACAUUCAACUACAACCCAGCCCAGCAGGCCUUCUAAGGCCGACCUGUCCACAAGGCUACAGCUGUUCCUGCACAUAAUGCUGUUGUCCCGGGAAGGCGCUGUGGUUCUCACAGCCUGGUUUUUAUUCCUUGAGGAUUUGUCUGUUUGACUGCAGGGGAGGCAUGUCUGACAUCAGAACUACCCUCCUGUUCCAAAAUUUCAUGUUGCCCAGAACACCAACAUUUUUGUUUUUAUUCUAUUUGUUACACCCUGAUUUUUUGUUUUUUCAGUCUUGUUUUGAGCAGGGUCUGUGUUAUGUUUACGUCUGAGUCUGAAGCCUGAAUUCUCCCAGGAAGAAGGACUGACCCUCGUUUGUAACACCAGAAAAAGUGAGGGGGAAGGCAAAAUAAAAUCCUCAAACUCAAGUGAAAGGGUGAAAGAAAUGCAAUGUUUAUUGUUGCACUAUAUUUAGUAAUAAAAGAACACAACAUUUGUUUGUGCUUUUUAUUAUGCCAACACUCCCUUGCAUUUGUUUUGCUUCUAUUUUUUCCCUUGAUUCAGGUAUUUGCAGUUUCUCACCCUUUAUUCUUUUUCUUCACCACCAACUAUUUCCUCUCAUUCUGUAUUUGUCCUGAUGUCUUGCUCCAAACUUUUAGCUUGUGAAGUGUGGACUACUUGGUGCCCACCAAUAUGGACAUAAUCCUUACCCUUAGAGGGUAAACACCGACAAACAGUUGCUUUAGAGCAAACAAAACACUUUUACUGUCUUUGUUACAAUUUUCUAAGAAUUGUGUACAUUUUGUUUCUUGACAUCACAUGAAUUAGUAUAUGUAACUUUGAAUGUGUAUAUAUGAUUGCAAUAUAUGUGUAUACAGUAUAUAUAUAUAUAUAUAUAUAUAUAUAUGACAUCUAUUUUGGAACAAAUCUUGCCCUGCCUUGUACCUCGUUUUUGAGGUGAGCAUGGAUGAAAUAUGCGGAAGGAACAGGAUAUUUGCUGGAGCCUGGAACACAGCACUUUGGGCAUCAAAAUAGGAAAGUCAUGCAAGGAAUUUCGUGAUUCUCAGCUUAA